AUGGGGAAACUAAUAACAACUUCUAAACCUCUCAUCCUCCAAUCAAAGUUCCUCUGUUUCUCUCUGCUCUAUCUCUUCACCUUUCUCUUCCUUGCUCUUUAUGCCAUUUUCUCUCAAUCCAAAUGCUUUGAUCCCAUUCAAACUUCUCUCUUCUCUUACCCUUCCUCCUAUGGAGAACACAAGUAUGCUAUCUCAACCACACGUUCUACCUGCUCUUCCCCUGUCAUAUUUUCAGAUUACUGGGAUGUUUUGAAGGAGAUCAAGCGUUUCCGCAAGAACUCUUCAUCUCCCACGAGGAUUAUGAGGUAUAUGCAGGGGAAUGCUGAAAGUUUUGGUGGGAAUCUCAGCACCAUUUUGAGGUUUUCGUAUUUUGAUCAUCAAAACGAUAGCAAAGAAGUUCCAUGUGGAUUUUUUAAGAAAUUUCCAAUUAAUAAUUCUGAUCGAUUGGCCAUGGAAAAGUGUGAAAGUGUAGUUGUGGUUUCAGCAAUUUUCAAUGACCAUGAUAAAAUCCGGCAACCGAGGGGCAUGGGGUCCAAAACACUGGAAAAUGUGUGUUUCUUCAUGUUCAUAGAUGAUAUUACCCUCAAAGGGCUUGAACAUCAUGGAAUGGUUUCAAUAAAAUCAAGUGAAUACAAGAUAGGUGUGUGGAGGAUUGUGAAGGUUUCAAAAGAGGAUUUGUAUCAGAUCCCAGCAAUGAAUGGGGUGAUACCAAAAUAUUUAGUCCAUAGACUAUUCCCAAAUUCCCACUUCAGCAUAUGGAUAGAUGCAAAGCUACAACUAAUGGUUGAUCCAUUGUUGUUGAUUCAUUCACUAGUUAUAUCUGAGAAUGUAGACAUGGCUAUAUCAAAACACCCAUAUUAUGUUCAUACUAUGGAAGAAUCAAUGGCAACUGCAAGGUGGAAGAAAUGGUGGGAUGUCAAUGCAUUGAAGAUGCAAAUGGAGACUUAUUGUGAAAAUGGAUUGCAACCUUGGAGUCCCAGCAAGCUUCCCUAUGCCUCAGAUGUCCCAGACAGUGCUUUGAUCCUGAGGAAGCAUGGAUUGAGUAGUAAUCUCUUCUCCUGUCUUAUGUUCAAUGAGUUGGAGGCUUUUAACCCAAGAGACCAAUUGGCCUUUGCAUUUGUCAGAGAUCACAUGAACCCCAAGGUAAAGCUGAACAUGUUUGAGGUUGAAGUUUUUGAACAAGUGACAAUAGAGUACAGACACAAUCUCAAGCCAAGUGAUGGGUCCACUGUCAAGAAAUUGUCAAGGACAGUAAAAACAAAAAGGGCAGAACCAGAUUUGUUAUUUGGGGCUUUUCAAAAUUUGAUGUUCUUUACUGCGUUGUGCUGUGAUAGUCCUAGAGAUAUACAUUUUGACUUCAUUUCAGCCUUGGACUUCAAUGUUCAGAAUUUGUUGCUUAGAAUUAAAGGCUGUAAAGGCUUUCAAGCUUUUUAUGUGAGCUUUGACUUUGGUAAAUUUGGUUAUUGGAUGUUUGAUAUGGCUUCUCCCAUCCAUCAUACAAGAAUAGAGAUGAAAGUGAUGAGAAUGGCAGGUACUUCUGAUAGGUUGCCUUGCCUGGAUGUUUUUCCUGGUGCAGCAAACUGCUUUGUGCCGAGCAUCUUGGAACAGCCUGAAUGA